GCGCCGUUCCUCGCUCAUUGGCGACGGCGGUGUGCGUCGGGGCGGCGAUGCACACCUGUAACUGUGCAAUACAUCGCUGUUGAAGCGGUCGAGCCCCUGGAGGUGUCCUUAGUACGGAUGGGAAUCAAUCGACGAGGUGUCCGCGUGGAAGCGACUGCCAACAUCAUGGGGAACAUGACGUUUUCAUGCUCCUCUGUUGAUCGUGCUUGAGUUGUGCGAACUAUUCUUGGCCUUGGCGAAACACCUACUAAAGUCGGCGGUUUCAGUGAGCGGCGACGGCGGCGGUGGCGGCCCGCCCAAAAUCACCAGCUACGAUGGACCCCGACUUACAUCUAAAGAUGAGCAAGAAGAUUGCCCAGCUCACCAAGGUUAUAUUUCACCUGAACACCAAGAACGAGGAUGCCGCGAUGGAGCUGCAAGCCACCGUGUACAGCCAUCGCAAAGAAAACGAAGCACUGGCCAAGGAGGCCGCGGCCAAGAUGGCACAGCUCAAGGAGAGCCUGGACAAGAGGGAGGCGCAGCUCAAGUCAAUGGAGAGCAUCAAGAAAAUCAAGGAGCGGCAUCAAAAGGACAAAACGGAAGCGCUCGACGAGUUCAAGCGGUACAAGGACGAAGUCAAGGCCCAACAAGCGCGCAUGGAGGAGCAGUUCCAGAAUGAGCUCGAGACGAUGGGAAGCGAGCUGCGGAAGGCGCGAGCGGCGUUUCAAGACCGCAUCUCGAGUCUCCAGACGGCGCUGGAAGCCGUCCAGUCCAAGGCUAGCCAUGGCCAGGCGGAUUUAGUGGCCAUGCGAGCCAAGCACACGGACGAAGUGGCUGACAUGGUGACGCAGUCCAACAAGAAGUACAAUGACAUGCUCACAUCGCAGCUCAACCAACAAGAUCAACUGCGAGCCGAGCACACCACCAAACUAGCUGCGCUGGAGAAAGCGCAUCAGUUCCAGCUUCAACAGCUUUCCGAGAAGGCCGAAAACGACGCCAAGAUGGCCGUGAGGAGAUGUGAGAUGGAGUGCAAUUCGUCGGCAGAUUCGAUGAAGAACGACAUGGUGACCAAGAUGGAGCGCUUGCUCAGCGAGAUCGAGACGUUGCGCAGCAGCGACACGCAGCUGCGGUCCGAAAAAUCUGAGUUGCUGCAACAACUCACAUCUCUCCGCGCGUCGAUGAAACAAGUGGAAAUUGACCUGCUCAACGAAAAACGCAGUGCAUCCACGCUGCUCCAGAACGCGGACGCGGCAUUGCAGGAUGCCGACGCCAACUUAGCCGAGCGUCAAAGCCAAGUGGUGCUUUUGGAGACAGAGCUCGCGAAGUUUCGCGCUCAAGUGGAGGCACUGGAUGGAGAGCGGCGGCAGUUGCUCAAGGUGGUCGAUACGUUGCAUUCCGAGAACCAGUCGACGUCAACGAGUCUCUCGGAUAAAGAAAACCAGUGGGGCGCGUCGAUCAAGGCGCUCGAGGCCGACAUUGCUGCGACAAAGAAGCAACUCAGCGACAAAAAUGCUGAAGUGCAAAAGUUGCAAAGCUUGAUCAAGGCCAUGGACACACAGCAUGCCAAGUCCGAGGACGAAAUCAAAACACAGUUGCUCGCGGCGCAGAAAAAAAACAAAGAGUUGCUGAGCAACGCAGCCGCCGCCACGACGCGCGAAGACGCAGUGGCCAAACAGCUCGAGACGAGCCAAACCGACUUGAAUCGUGCGCAUGGCGAGAGGCAAGCCGCGGAAGCAGCAUGGGAAGCAACUCAAGGGAAACUCCAUGCCUCGAUCGCAUGGCUCCAGAACGAAGUGAAAGUCCUUGAGCAGCGACAAGUCGACAUGACCAACGACCACGACAAAGCAGUCCGGGAGCUGCGCUUGGCAGCGCAGACCACAUCCCAGUCCCAACAGGCUGAAUUGGAAAAACAGAUCCAGCAUUUGCAAACACACGUGGGGCAGUUGAACAUGCAGCUGGCAGCGGCCCAAGGCGCGCUGUCGACGAGCGAGAACGACCUCGCGGAGCGAAUGGAUCUCCACAAGAAGGCGCUCGCCGACUGUAAAGCCUUGCAAGAUCAGCUCAAGCAAGUGGGAGCUGCAAGCCAAAAGGACCACAGGGUCUGGCAAACGCAGCUGGCCGCUCUUGAAGCAGAAAAGGACAAAGCCGCGAAGCGGGCCGUCAAGGAUAAAGUCGCGAUUGAAAAGCUCGAGGGGGAGUUGAAGAUUGCCAAGCACAAAACCGAAAUGAACGGCCGCAACCACGCCGAGGGGUUAGCAGCGCUGAAAGAAGAACAUGCCGGCCAGCUUGAAGCGCUGCGCAACACCAUGGCGGCGACAAUUCAAGAAGCCGUGGUCAAGGCCGAAGCAACCAUGCAACAACACGUCGACGACCAGCGCGCAUUUCUUCUCUCGAUGCACAAGGCCGAGGUCGCCGACAUGCAAGAGCAGGUCGAUCUGUGGAAGCAGAAGCACCUAGAGGCGCAGCUCGCAUUCGACGACGAACGGCGAGCGCAGCUCCAAGCCCACGCAGCAACGUGCAGGGCGUUGGAGCUCGAGCACAGCAACGCGCGAACGGCAGCGGCAAGUGCUUGGCAAGACAAACUGAACGCGAUGGUCGCGCGCCACGACGAAAACGUGCGGCAACUGACUGCCGGGCACGGCGCCGAGACCUCUGCGAUCCAGGCGGCAUUCACCCAACAGAUCAAUGCCGUGAUUGCCCAAGCUUCGUCUGAACGGGACGGUCUCCUAGCCAAACACUCGCAGGAACUUCAACAGCUCAAUCAGGCGCGGCGAGACGAGUUGGAGGGAGCUGCGACGGAGCUAGCCCGUAGGCUGGCCGACCUACGGGAGAAAAAGGACACUGAACAUCGCACCGCGACGGCCACGCUGACGGCCCAGCACAACCAAGUGGUGGCGCAGUUGGAACAUACCGUCGAGAGCUGCAACCAGACGAUCGCACGGCACGUGGGGUCGAUGCUUGCCCUCGAGAACGACAAGAAAGCCCUUCAGAAAACGAUUUCCGAAAAAGAGGCGGAACUCGUCGAAAAGGAGCUGUGUUGGCAGCGGGACAAGGACCGCGCCCUCGAUCUGGCACGGAAGCACCACAAAGUCGAGUUGGAGCAGACGAUUGAAGUGCACUUGCAUGAAACGCAGGCGCUCAACAGUACGUGGCAGCGCCGUGGACCACGUCAACGUAUUUCACAAUCGGACAGACCAAUUCGACAAGACGCGGGCGCUGUUGCAUGAACAGCAGCAUCAGCUUGUGAGCAAGAUUCGCGAGUGGGAGCAGGUCUAUGCCCGCCGCGACAGCCGCCUCGAAGACUUGAAUCGCAUCGCCGACCUCGAACAUGGUACGGCAUCGGGACAUUUGACCUUGGUUCGUCCAAUACCGCGUGUGCAGACGUGGCCGAAAAGGACGCGCUCGUCCAGCAAACUGUCGACGAAAUGGCCUACAUCAAGCGGGAGCUGCUCAAUCGCGAAGACACGUACAACAAAACUUUUGGGCGGAGCCCGAAUGUGGGAGUGCUGCACGUGCUCAAACCUGCGCCGCCGCCGACUGCCAAACUAAAAAAGAUGAAAACGCAAUCGGGGCUAACGAGUGCGCUGCCGUCCAACAACGCGUCGGCGGCGAGUCGCCCGCUGCCACCCAUCGGCGCGAGCAACCUACAGCAAUCGUCCAGCUAUCGGGAUUUGAAUCAAACCUAACACACUCGAGUUCGACACUGCCGUGGCGUGGGGCCGUUGAGUUGCCCGAGGGAUGGGGUGCAUGCUCGGCGC